AUGCAGAGAGAGUGUGUGUUGGGAAGAGAGGAGCUGGUGAGGCUGUCGCAGAGCCAGUUGACAUUCACACUGGCUUUCCCUCUUGCCUCUCUCCCGUGCCUGUCGCGGUCCUGGAUGCGGUCCCGGCCGGCGUUUUGGUGGCGGGCCUGGGAAGAGGAAGAGGAGGAGGAGGAGAAGGUGGUGGUGGUGGUGGAGGAGGAGGAAGAGGCACUCCAUUUGCCUGGGUCUCUGAGAAGGCUUUCAGCGUACGCCGUGGCACCUCUGUAUUCAAGCCUGAUGUCUCUACAAGAAAACAGUGGAUCAGUGUUUCACCGACUCGCCAUCAGCUGUCACAGAGAGCUACUGAACACCUGA